AUGUGUGAAGCAAAUGCAAAAGCUGGCACAUGGAAUUCCUUGGAACCAAGUUUGAGUCCUUUCGUUUUGGAAAGUUUGGCAACAAUGGGUUUUUCUGAAAUGACACCAGUACAAGCGAGCACUAUUCCAUUAUUUAUGAAAAAUAAGGAUGUAGUUGUUGAGGCUGUAACGGGUUCGGGUAAAACACUUGCAUUUGUUAUUCCUAUAAUCGAGAAAUUGGUUUGCCGAGAGAAACAAUUGAAAAAGAAUGAAAUAGGGGCUUUGGUCUUAACUCCCACGAGAGAAUUGGCACAACAGAUAUAUGACGUGUUUACUAUCUUCCUUCAUGAUUCCAACGUGACUUUACUAAAACAUUUACUUAUAACUGGAGGUAAUACUUCUGUUCAUGAAGAUAUUAAACAAUUUAAAGAAUUAGGACCAGAUAUAUUAAUUGGAACUCCUGGAAGAUUACAUGAAUUAAUUGUUGGUCGAGGAAAUGAUAAAAGUUUGGUGAAUACCAAGGCAUUGGAAAUUUUGGUGUUAGAUGAAGCUGAUAGAUUAUUGGAUAUGGGUUUUUCACAAAAAUUAAAUAAUAUCAUAGCUCAUUUACCUAAACAAAGGAGAACUGGAUUAUUUUCAGCGACAAUGACUGAUGGACUCACUGAAGUUGUUCGUGCUGGAUUAAGAAAUCCAGUAAAAGUGGUAGUCAAAGUAGAGAAUAUUAUAUCUAAAAAUGAACAACGUACUCCUGCUUCGCUUCACAUCGGAUGUAUUAUUUGUGAACCAAAUCAAAAAUUGUCUCAAUUAUUACGGAUAAUAUCACGAGAGAAAAUUGCAAAAAAAUAUAUUGUGUAUUUUGCAACCUGUGCAUGUGUUGAUUAUUUCUAUAAGAUUUUGUCAAAAUUACCGCAAUUAAAUGGAACAUCUAUUUAUUCCCUUCAUGGCCAAAUGGUUACUAAACGAAGAACAGCUACUUAUCAGGCAUUUGUCAAUCUUUCACCAAAAUCAGCUGCAUUAUUAUUAUGUACCGAUGUUGCAGCACGAGGAUUAGAUGUUCCUGAUAUAGAUUGCGUAAUACAAAUGGAUCCACCCCAGGAUCCUAAAGCUUUUGCCCAUCGAUGUGGUAGAACUGCAAGAGCGGGAAAAGAAGGAAAAGCAUAUUUAUUGCUAGGAAGUGGAUGUGAGGAAGUUUAUGUUGAUUUUUUGAAAAUUCGUAAAAUUCCUUUGAGGUUACAACAAUAUCUUCUACCUGAUGGUACCGAAUUCACCACAACCAAGUCUUCAUCCUUUUCAUCCUCUUCAUUUGCAGAUAAUGAUGAUGAUUCUCUAAUACCCAUCGUUGAUAAUGAAAAUGAUAUUCUUUUAAAUCAAAUUCGAAACAUUGUUUUGACGGAUCGUGAUUUAUAUGAUAAAGGCAUCAAAGCUUUUGUUUCAUACAUCCGUUUUUAUUCUAAACAUGAAGCAAGUUAUAUCUUUCGAUCGAAGGAUCUUGAUUUGGGAAAAGUAGCGAAGGGAUUUUGUUUAUUACGGUUACCUAAAAUGCCAGAAUUAAAAGCUACUAAAAUAAAUUUUGAAGAAAUUUCCGUUGAUAUGGAUCGAUAUAAAUAUGCAGACAAGGAACGUGAAAAAAAGAGAUUGUUAAAAUUGGUAGAAGAAAAGGAAAGAAAGAAUAAUAAUAAUUUCGUAGAAUUAAGAAAAAUACGAAAAGUUCCAAAAGAAAUUAUUAUUGAUGAAUGGGAAGAAUUACAAAAAGAGAAAAAACUAAAGAAAAAGUUGAAAUUGGGAAAAAUUAAUCAAGGAAAAUUUGAUCAAGAAAUGAAAUUAAUAACAGAAAAUGAAGUUAUAAUGGAAGAUAAUGAUUUGUAG